AUGGAAGACAAAUUAGUCAAGAUGUCCACGAUUUCGAAGCACUUUGGACUGAGCUAUAGAGAAGAAUCGUACAUCUUUAAAGAGCAUGAGAAGGUUCGCCGGCAGACCAAAAAGGAUUUUCUCCGAUUGAAGCAGGAGUUGGCCUCCAAGACGUUAGUGGACAGAGCCCCGGUCUGCGACCGCAGGGCCCUCGGCCCGACCUGGUCUGGGGAGAAGGCGGGCGUUCCCUGCGCUGGACCCCGGGAGCCGUCCGGGUUCCCUCGGCCUCAGGGCCCCGCGAUCCCCGCGGCUGCCCUCCUGCAGCGGGCGCUCCGCGGCGCAGGGCCCCGGGACCCCGGCGGAGGGGCCGCGCCCUGGAGGCCCCGGCGGUUUCGCCCCCGGGACUUCUACCUGCGGAGCUCCGCGUUCCUCCGGCACCGGCCCCCGAAGGAGCCGCCGGUCAUCGCCACCGGAGCCGGCACGUCCAGACCCGUGGUCCUGAGGCCGCCCCCUGCGUCAAGGAGGAAGCCCGGGGAGCGCUGGAGCCCUCCGCCCGCAGAGGCCCAGCGCGUCUCCGACUCGGCCCCGACCCCGGCCCCCGCCCGGGUCCCGGCCCCGGCGCAGGUCCCCAAGCUGGCGUUGGCUCCGCCCGAAGGCGCCUUGGCCGCCAGAGAGAUGAAGAGGCGCUCGACUCCCAGGACUUCCAACGAGGACGGCGAGGCGGAGGCGGCCAUCCGGCGGCGGAGGGUGCGGAUCCGCUCCCAGGUCCUGUGCGAGGGCGCGCUCGCCGUCCCGCGGGCAGCGUCCAGGUCGUCCUCCAAAAGCAGCGCGGACACGCUCCCGGCCAGCGACCGGCUGGCGGCCGUCCUGCUCGCGCCGCUGCCCGUGCGAGUGGUCCCGACGUCCAUCGAGGAGAUCAUCGCCUCGCUGCAGUCGGAGGCCCAGCUGGCCUCGGACCAGACGAUCAGAGAGCUCAUACAGAUUGUCCUCGGCCAGAGCUACGACAUUAAGAUGGAAGAUAUUUCUUUAAUGGGAAAAAUGUACGCGCACAGAUCAUCUCCAGUGCAAACAGAGCAAGGAUUAGAGAUAAGUAUUGAGGAAACUCAAAUGAAUGAGACUGAGGAAAUUUCUGAGACUGUAUCAAGUGUUUUCCCAAUGGAACAAGAAGAUAUAUUAGAAUGGGGAACCUCAGACGCAGAAAGUAUGUUAUUUAAACCUCAGGAAACUUCAGAAAUUCAGCAAGCUGAUGACUCAAAUAAACCUUUGGAAGAUGAACAGCCUAUAGGUGAAUCAAAAACAGGCCAACAGCUAUCUUUAAAGGUGAUAGCAUCAGAAUUAUUGCAAAUCAGAGGAAAAGAAGCUAAACGAUCACAAAAAACUCAACCAAGAAUUCCACGACCAAGGAAGUGUGGAAAACCCCAGCAGGAUCAAAAAGUAUUAAAAACAAAAAUUCCACAAGACCACUCCACUCCUACCCUUCAUGACCUGUGCACCACUGUCCCAGACCAGGUGCUGCCCAUUGACUUGCACCUGGCUUCUCGAGUGUAUCAUACAGCCAGCAAGGAAGGCCACAAUACUAUACUUGAAGUAUUUGGAAAUUCCUUCUUCGAUGAUCACGCUACAGUUAACGAGCAAAGAGAUCGAAUAAUGGAAGGAAUCCCUCUUAUGAGUGACAAUCAAGUGUAUGUUCCCGUCCUUCCAACAACGUCAGUGAUACCACCUGAAUUGGCACAAGAAACAAGACAGCAUGCUCAGAAACCACACCUACAACUCUCUGGAGAGGAAGUGUCUGCUUAUCCAGGAAUUACGAAGAUGUUUUGGAAACCAGCUUCACCUAAAUUCUCUGUUCCUGUAUCUGUCAUGAAGAAAACACUGUAUCCAAAAUAUGAGAGUGUUCAAGCAAGUAGAAUUUUAAUUGAGAAUUUUUUAUCUGAAAGCAAGGAAAGUGUCAUUGCUUUAAGUCAGCGUAGCAGAAGUCUGAGGAAGAGAAGAAAUUCUGCAGUUGAAUUGAUUAAGGAGACUACCAAAGCUCCAUUAGAGGUUAAGAAUGACAUGGAAAGCAAUAUAAAAGAGGUGCUGUUUCAGAAAGCUAAGGAGUUGGAGCGUCGUCAGAAGCUUGAGCAAAAUGAAACUGAGGAAACCAUCACUGUGAAAGAAAAUAUAGAUAACAUCUUAGAUACCAUGGAGGACAGUCACAGUCUGAGAAAUCUGUCUAUUUCUCUCAUUGAAGCAUCUAGAAAAGCUGGCAUUAGUUACAUUGUUUACCCCAAGAAAAAGAAGAUGAAAUGGAAGAAAGCAUUGAAAUUCUCUAAACUUUCAAUUGUGUUGGCUGAGUUAUCCAAGCCUCCAAAAAUUCUAAGCAGGUCAAUGUCUCAUGGAAUCCUUCCAGAACAGAAGAAAUAUUUGCUCAAACUUCCUUUAUAUGAUCGUCAAUUUCGGUGCCCCAGCUUGCCUGCAUAUUUAAAUUUUGACAAAUUUGCCGAAAGUAAGGGAGGAAUUCCAAAAGAUAGUGACUUUCGAACAUGGAUUCUUGAUAUAUUCUCUAAGAAAAAACCUCAGAAGACAACCGGAAAAGAGAAAGUUGUUAAAAUAAUUGUUCAGAAAGAUGUGCCUGUCAAAGAGAAAGGACCACCAAAACUAGAACUGAAUGAUUCUUUGAAGUGUGAUCUUCCUCCAGAAGUCAUUAAACAUUAUGAAUCUGAAGUGAAGAUCUUGACUGAAGAAAUAAAUAACAAGACAACAUAUUCUGCAUUUUCAUAUUGUAGGCGUGGCGCUCUGUAUAGGAAACUGGGGAAGUUACAGAGUGCCAUGGAUGAUCUACAGGAAGCUAUAUUCUUGGAACCAUUGUUUCUCAAUGCCUAUUGGCACCGACAUCUCAUUUAUCUUUUCCAAGACAAAUUUAAUGAAGCUUUGGAUGAUCUGAAUUAUAUAACUAAAUACAAUAAAAAUAAUGCAGAGGCAUAUUUGUCAAAGGCAGAAAUUUUCAGGAAAAGAAAAGAAGUUACUCUGGCAAUUCUAAAUUACACCAAGGCAAUCAAGUUGAAGCCCAGGGAUGCUGAUAUAUAUUUCAGGAGGGGUGAGAUGUAUGAAUUAACAAACAAAUUCCUGGCCAUGGAUGACUUUUCUACAUGCAUUUUUUAUGAUCCCAAAAGAAUAGCUGCAUUAUUGAAGCGUGGAAUGUUUUACUAUGAAAAUGAAAACUGGAAUGCAGCCAUACAUGAUUUUACAGCCUUGUUAAAUGUAGAUUCCCAAAAUUCUCAAGCAAGGACAUACCGAGGGAGAGCGUAUUUUAAACGGCAGUUUUAUAAGCAAGCAACUCAAGAUUUUUCUGUUGCAAUUCACUUGGAUCCUAAUAACUGGCUAGCAUUUUAUUUUAGAGGCUGCUUAUUUAGAAAGAGUAACCCUUUUAGAGCACUACAAGAUUAUAGUGUUUCAGCUCUCAUAAAUGAUGGCUAUGAGAAUCUUAGUUGUUUCCUACAUCGGGGCCUACUCUAUGCACAUCUAAAAAUGUGGUUGCUGGCAAUUUGUGACUUUGAAACUGUUAUUUCUCUAGAAAGAACUGUUACUUUGGCUUAUAUAAAUAUUGGCAUCAUAGAUCUGCUACACUUAGACAACUACACGGACGCCACUUGGUAUUUUUCUGAGGCUCUCAAAAUUGAUCCGUCAUCUAUUCAAAGCUAUAUGUGCCUAGCAGAAACUUACAGUAAGGUGAAAAAAUUGCAAAAGGCAGUCAGAGAGAUAACUCGUGCCAUCCACCUUCAGCCAGAUCAAAUCGAGUUAUAUAUAAUAAGAGGACAAUAUCUUCUUAGGAUGAAAUGUUAUGAUCUUGCAAAGUUCACUAUUUACCAAGUAGCAGAAAUGAACAAAGGUCUCAUUGAGAUGAGUCCUAUACAGCAAGCACUCAUUUAUUCAUUUUGUGAAAACCAUGACAAGGCCAUUGAGGUGUUGGAUGGGGCCACUUUGAAUAAGCCUGAGAUCAACAUAAUUAUUCUAUUAGCAAAAACCCAAAUGAAGGCCAAGAGAACCAAGGAAGCUGUGAAGCUGUUUAAAAAGGCGUUGGAUAUCUGUUCUCAUUCUGAGAGAGGACCACAUGCCUUAGAGGCAACAGUGGACUGUCUGUAUAACUUGGGUCUUUGUUACAUGGAUGAAGGCAACUUCCAAAUGGCUUUUGAGUCUUUUACCAAAGCUGUGAAAAUAAAUCCCAAUUUUGCAGAAGGCUUCCAUCAACGAGGGCUUUGUAAAGUAAAACUCAACAAGGAUAGCUCAAUCCUGGAUUUUAAUCGUGCAAUUACCCUCAAUCCAAAACAUUAUGAGGCAUAUUUAAACCGAGUGGCCUUCUAUGGUUUGAAAGGCAGGUACUCCAAAGCAAUCUUGAAUUGUAACGAGGCCAUCAGCAUUUACCCUCAGAGUGUGCGGGCUUACAUCUACAGAGGCGUUCUAAAAUACCACAACAGGACUUAUAAGCUAGCGAUUGCAGAUUUAACUACCGCUAUCAACAUGGACAAAAACAGUUAUGUAGCAUUUUAUAACAGAGCAUUGUGUUACACCAAGAUAGGUGAACUUCAGAUGGCAUUAAUGGAUUAUGGAAUCGUGCUUCUUCUUGAUGCUGGAAAAACUGUGGCAUUCAAUACCUUAGUUAAUCGUGGACUCAUCUAUCUAGGACAAGGGCAUCACUGUUUCGCAUUAGAGGAUUUUAAACAAGCUGCAUUGCUGAGCGAGACUAAUGUGAACCUUUGUCAAGCUACCGCCUUGUGCUAUCACAGAAACAAAGAGUUUGCAGAAGCUGUCACUUUCUUCACAUUGACUCUUAGUAUUAAUCCCUGUUUUGUGGAUGCUUACAUUGGACGGGGAAAUUCUUACAUGGAAUAUGGUCACGAUGAAGGUGUCAAAGAAGCACAGAAGGACUUUCUGAAAGCGCUGCAUUACAAUCCAAUAUGCACAAAAGCCAGAAUUUCAUUAGGUUAUAAUUUGCAGGCCCAAGAAAAAUUCCAGAAAGCUUGGAACCACUUUACCAUUGCCAUAGAAGUUGAUCCAAAGAGCUACCUAGCCUAUGAAGGAAGGGCUGUGGUCUGUCUUCAGAUGGGUAAUAACUUUGCUGCAAUACAGGAUAUUAACAUUGCCAUUAAGAUCAAUACUACAGCAGAAUUCUUAACAAAUCGUGGUGUGAUUCAUGAGUUUAUGGGCCAGCAACAAAAUGCAAUGAGAGACUAUCAAGCAGCAAUUUCUUUAAACCCUACAUACGCACUGGCUUACUUUAAUGCAGGAAAUAUCUACUUUCACCACAGGCAGUUUUCCCAGGCCAGUGACUACUUCUCAAAGGCUUUAAAGUUUGAUCCAGAAAAUGAAUGUGCUACCAUGAAUCGAGCUAUUGCAAAUACAAUAUUAAAGAAGUAUGAAGAAGCAAAAGAAGAUUUUGCAAAUGUAGUUGAAAGCUGUCCCUUUUGGGCUGCCGUGUUUUUUAACAGAGCACAGUUCUAUUGUUGUUUAAAGCAAUAUGAAUUAGCUGAGGAAGACCUCAGUAAAGCUCUGUCUUUGAACCCUAAUGAUGCCCUGGUAUAUAAUCUGAGAGCAGAAGUUCGUGGUAAAAUGGGUGCGAUUGAGGAAGCUAUGGCUGACUAUAACCAAGCACUUGAUCUUCAAGAAUUUGCCAAGUGAUAUGAUUAUAGAGACUGGUUUCUGUAGCAGUUUACACAGCUGUUAAACCAGAAAUUGAAAUGUAUUUGUUGUUUAAAACAAAGUUGCACUAUCUUCACUAUUGUAUUCAUUAUAUUUCGUCUUCUCUAUAACCCUUUUAUGCAUUUUAACAACACAUUUAUGCUCUAUAUU